GUUUGCCAGAAGGAAACCAGUCUCUCGUCACCAGCGCACGUAAUACAUGGGUCGUGCUUUCGAGUGUUUUAUCCGGACUGACAGAGAGGAAGGAAACACGAACAGCUCUUCUUCUCUCAACUGAACAAGAAAAAGGGCGAUCUGUACACACUUGGGUCGAACAGGCUCGGAGAAUUCAUAUUCGAAAGCAAUAACAAGAAGGAUAUUUCGGCUGGUUUGUUUUGGAGAGAGCUCUUGGUUUCAGGUUCAGACUGAAUUAACACUGUGUAGAAGAUGGGACUACUUUUUGCCAAACUGAUGACGGUGUUCGGAGAUAGAGAACACAAGGUGAUCAUUGUAGGCUUGGAUAAUGCAGGGAAGACAACCAUCCUCUACCAGUUUUUGACUAAAGAGGCUGUGCAUACCACUCCUACUAUUGGCAGCAAUGUGGAGGAGAUUUCUGUCAAGAAAACGCGCUUCCUUGUUUGGGACAUUGGAGGUCAGGAUGCUCUUCGAGCUAGCUGGAGCACCUAUUACUGCAAUACAGAAAUUGUGAUCCUGGUAGUAGAUAGCACAGAUCGGGAGCGUUUAACUCUUACGAAAGAUGAACUACAUAGAAUGCUUGCACAUGAGGAUCUGCAGAAUGCUUCAGUGCUGGUGUUGGCCAAUAAGCAGGACAUGAAAAACAGCAUGACAGCAGCAGAGAUUUCCCAGAAUCUCACUCUCACUUCUCUCACAGCUCACUCCUGGCAUGUCCAGGCCUGCUGUGCCCUUACUGGAGAAGGCUUACCAGCAAGUCUGGACUGGAUGCGUUCCCGAGUUGUAGCAAACUAGGCCGGAAGUGGUUCAUAGUAACUCUGCAGAGCCAGAGUUUCUGUCCCAUAUGUGCCUACAUUGUCAUCAAACUCUCAGAGUUGAUGUUGGGGCUUAUUCAGAGCCCUAUUAAAACUACAGGUGGACUGAACCCUGGACAUGCAAUGUAUAUUUGUAUAUACUGGCAUGUACACAUGUGCUAAUUAUGUCUUCAUUUUAGAGGUCACAUUGUUAACAUUACAAACAGAUUGUGUUGUCCAAGGUGGAAGAAUUUGCACUGAUUUUAUGAAUUCCGAACAAACUGUGUAUUCUGGCCUGUGGCGCUACUAUACUUCUUGAGAGUAGGGAUCACUGCCCAAGCACAGCCCAAUAGUAUUUGGUGAGAAAUUCAUAUGGAUGUUGGUGCUCAGUUUUUAAGCUUCAAGCAUUACUUCAGAUAUUUAAUAGGAUGUUAUUUGUGUUUGAUGGACCUAAGUCCAGUGAAAUUAAACAAGUAUUGACAUUCUGAAAUAUUGAAAGCUGCUUAUUCAUACUAUAUUUUCUUGUUCAUUUUUUGUACAAAUAAAGGAAUGUGAAAAAACUGUGAAA